CUUAAUUCUCUCUCUCUCUCCCAUACUUUCAGUCACUCUCUCUUUUCUCUUUUCUAAAGCCCGUUGUGAAGCGGAUUGACAGGCGAGAAUGAAAAUGAGGCGGACGCUCCGUCACGACUUCAGUGCGCCCGCGUCCUUUUGAGAAGACCUCUAAAACUUGGACCAUAUCACCAUGGGAGCUAUUUGUGCUGCGAGGAACUUUUGUUUGUUUUUGCUCUUGUUAAAUAGUCGUCAAAGCAAAGCGCUUCCAGAGACUCGAGAUCCCUGCGCAGAAGGAAGUGAUGGCUGUCACAUAGAUGCAAUUUGUCAGACUACUCAAGGCUCAUAUAAGUGCACAUGUAAAGGAGGCUUUAAAGGAGAUGGAAAACACUGCGAAGAUAUUGAUGAAUGUGACCUGGAGUACAAUGGCGGUUGUGUGCAUGAGUGCACCAACAUACCAGGCAACUAUCGCUGCACUUGCUAUGAUGGAUUCAAUUUGGCCAAUGAUGGACACAACUGUCUGGAUGUGGAUGAAUGCAUGUUCAACAAUGGUGGGUGCCAGCACACUUGUGUCAACACUGUGGGCAGCUACGAGUGCCGCUGCAAAGAGGGGUUCUUCCUCAGUGAUAACCAGCACACUUGCAUCCACCGCUCCAUUGAGGGCCUCAACUGUAUGAACAAGGAGCAUGGCUGCGCCCACAUCUGCAAGGAGAGUCACAGAGGAGGUGUGGCCUGCGAGUGUCGUCCAGGCUUUGAGCUGGCCAGGAACCAGAGAGACUGUAUUUUAACCUGUAACCACGGCAACGGAGGCUGCCAGCACACCUGUGAGGACACAGAGGACGGUCCCAUCUGCAGGUGCCACGUCAGGUACACCUUACAGCCUGACAAGAAGACUUGUAUGGAGCGAGACGAAGCCACCACUGAGUCCUCGGACCACAAUGCCACGUCCUCCACCGAGGCGGAUAAACGUGUCAAGAGAAGAUUGUCAAUGGAAACCUGUGCGCUGAACAAUGGGGGCUGCGACUCAACCUGUAAGGACACAUCCACUGGCGUGCGCUGCAGCUGUCCCGACGGCUUCACACUUCAGCCGGAUGGAAAAUCAUGCAAAGAUAUCGAUGAGUGCGAGAGUCACAACGGCAGCUGCGAACACUUCUGCAAAAACACUGUUGGCAGCUUUGAAUGCAACUGCAGGAAAGGAUUUAAGUUGCUGUCAGAUGAGCGCUCUUGUCAGGAUAUAGAUGAAUGUUAUUUUGAGCGCACAUGUGAUCACACAUGUGUGAACUCCCCUGGUGGUUUUCAGUGUUUGUGCAACAAAGGCUACACCUUGUAUGGACUGGCCCACUGUGGAGAUGUGAAUGAAUGCAGUGUAAACAACGGUGGCUGUGAGCAUGGAUGUGAGAACACUGUGGGUGGAUUUGAGUGUUUUUGUCGUCCCGGCUAUAAGCUACACUGGAACAAAAAGGACUGCAUCAAGGCUGAGGGUUUAACACCUGCAAACCUCCCCUCUAAGCCUACCUUGAACUGUAGUAAGCAGCACGGAGGGGAUCGCUGCUUUCUGAACUGCCAGUCUCAAGUUCAUAUCAGCAGUGGGACGGAGGAUUCCUACACGGUGACCUGUGGAAUGCCUCUGCCCUGCUUGGCUGCCAUACAAAAGAGCAACAGUGGCUCUCAUUGCUUGGGCCCAGCAAAGGCCGGAGUGCACCGAAUUAAAACCACAGCCACUUUCAAGUCUGGCACUGCCAAGUGCAACCUCAAACGAAGUCAGGAGAAACUGUGGGAGAGCUUCAACUCAGCUCACUCAGAUUGCAGCUUUCUUUUCACCGAAAAUGUCCAGUUCAGCUACGUAAGACUUCACUGCACCUCAUUGGGCCAGCGAACACGCAGCCGCCACAGCAGGAAGGCCGUUGAGGAUGAUGGCUUCGCUAUCACAGCUGAGUUUGAGCUGGAUGUUAACCUUGAGGAGGUAACAGCAGAGAGUUGCGACCUGAACUGUGUGCGUCGACGCUCAGAAAAGAGACUGAGGAAGACCAUCAGGACGUUGAGGAAGUCCAUCAACCGGGAGCAGUUCCACCUUCACUUUGCUGGGGCCGACUAUGACCUGUCCAGGAAUCAGGGUCAACUGGUGGGACUGCCCGGACACUGCCUUGCGGGACAAGUGUUGGUGGGGAGAAAAUGUGUGAGCUGCAGUGCUGGGACGUACUACGAUGGUGAUCAGGGACACUGUGUGACCUGCCCUGCUGGAACGUAUCAGGACGAGGAGGGACAGAUGUCCUGUGAAAUCUGUCCCACUCCUGACGGGAGAGAGGUGGCCAAAGUGAUUGGAGCUAGAAACAUGUCAGAGUGUGGAGGUCAGUGUCCACCUGGUCAGUACUCUCAUGACGGCUUCGUCCCGUGCCUUCCCUGUCCUCUGGGAACCUACCAGCCAGAAGUGGGACGGACCACCUGCUUCCUGUGUGGAGGGAACCUGGUGACUAAACACAGUGGUGCUGUCUCCUUUCAGGAGUGUGAGACCAAAGUCCAGUGCUCUACUGGCCAUUACUACAACACCAGCACACACCGCUGCAUCCGCUGUCCGACGGGCACUUACCAGGGCGAAUUUGGACAGAACUACUGUGUCACCUGUCCUGGAAACACCUCCACUGAUUUUGAUGGCUCCACCAACAUCAUGCAGUGCAAAAACAGGCAAUGUGGUGGAGAACUGGGGGAAUUUUCUGGUUACAUCGAGUCUCCAAACUACCCGGGGAACUAUCCCGCCAACAUUGAGUGCACUUGGACCAUCAACCCACCGCCUAAACGCCGGGUCCUCAUUGUUGUGCCAGAAAUCUACCUGCCCAUUGAGGAUGAAUGUGGAGAUUACUUGGUCAUGAGAAAAAGCUCUCUGCCCAACUCUGUGACGACUUAUGAGACUUGUCAAACAUACGAGCGGCCCAUUGCCUUCACAUCCCGCUCUAAAAGACUAUGGAUACAGUUCAGAUCUAACGAGGGAAACAGCGCAAAAGGUUUCCAGGUGUUAUAUGUGACAUAUGAUGAGGAUUACCAGGAACUGAUUGAAGACAUAGUGAGAGAUGGAAGAUUAUAUGCAUCAGUGAAUCACCAGGAAAUACUCAAGGACAAGAAGCUCAUGAAAGCGUUGUUUGACGUGCUGGCUCAUCCACAGAACUACUUCAACUACACAACACAAGAAUCAAAAGAAAUGUUUCCAAAAUCCUUCAUCCGCUUUGUGAGGUCGAAAGUCAUGAGAUUCUUUCGCCCUUAAAAGGCCGUUUGUUCAAACACCAUGUUUCACAGCAAACUCAAGUCAGACACUGGUGACAGUAUCAGUGGCCCCUAUGAGACCAUUCUGUCAUUCUUUUUAUUGUUCCGGGACAAAGUAAAGCAGAUCGCAAAUUGAGAGGACUAAAUUUAAGUGGACUUUAGCCAUAAGUUUCAAGACAGAGUUCUGAAGAUGUAUGGAUUAUUGAUCUGCUAGGGCAUCUCUGAAUAGAAUCUGGAUGUCUUCCAUUAGUUUGGAAAUGUGUCUGUAAGGACUUUAUGGCUCCUUAUUGACCAUCCAGGACUGAGAUCCAAAUUGCAGAUCUUUGCACUGGAAUUCCGCUUAUUAAUGUGAUAUACUGACUUUAUGGGGCUUUUCCUGAUCUGGUUGUAAAGGAAUACAAGAGUGGUAUCUGAACAGAUAAAUAUUGAAUGUCAGUGAGACUGUAUAUAAAGUGUGUAACUAGUUUUAAUAUAGGUUACUUUCACAGUUAAAAAGUACAAAAAAUAUCCAGAACAAAUAGAGCACAAAUAACAUUUGGGGACCACUAGCACUACUAAAGAGGUAGUCCCAUCACAAAAGCAAUUAUUCGGAUUGAUAUUUUGUAUAUGAUGUAUAAAACUUUUGGUGAAAUGCUAACAUUAUAGCGUAUAGCUUCAAAGACUGGUGGCAUUUGUUAUGUUUUCCAGGGUGUCUGAAUAACUACUGUGAUUUAUGCAUCCAUGAUAUAAGGACCUCCACAGAUCAUACCCAAACAGUGUCUCGUGGUUUAACAGCUGGACAGAGUAAAUGAUAAAUAUAAUGCAUAUAGAAAAAACUAAAUGAAACAUCCUGUAAUAUAUAACCGAGUGGUUCACCUGUCCUGAAUGAUACCUAUGUAUAUUUUUUAUAGCUAUGUACAUCUAACUUGCUGUAAAUAAAGACUGAAAAUUUAAUGGUG